AUGUCAGAUGAAGAAGAAAUGAUUGAUGAUGGUGAUGAAGAAGAAGAAGAAUAUAAUAAUCAAACAAUUGAACCAGUAAUUGAUGUUUUACAAAUUGAUAAUGAAUUAUCAUCAACACAAUAUCGUUUUAAAAAAAAUGAGAUUAUGCUUUGUUAUCAUGGUUUACUUUUAUAUGAAGUUAAAUGUGUUGAUCAUAAAAUGAAAGAAAAUGAUAGUGGAAAUUUUCAUCGUCCAUCAUAUUUAGUACAUUAUUGUGGUUGGAGUUCGAAAUGGGAUGAAUGGGUUGAUGAAACACGUCUUGUUAAAAUGGAUGAAACUGGUUUAAAACAACAAACACAAUUACUUCUUCAACAUGGUAAAGGUAAAGCUCGAUUAAAAAAUUUACGAAAAAAUAAUAGUACAAGUCCAUUAAAACGAACAACAAGUCGAUCUAUAUCUGAUUAUUCAACAAGUACAAAUGUGGAUUCAAUUACGAAUGAAACAACAAUAAAUAUAAAUAAUAAUAAUAAUAAUAAUAGCCAUUUUCCUAUAGAAGAAACACCAUCGUUAUCUGGACGAAGUGAUACAGGAAGUAGUAGUAGUAGUACAACAAGUGAAUUAAUAUCAAAUACAGAUUCAACUAUUACAAAUAAUGAUUUAAUUGAGCCUGAUGCAAAAAAAAUUAAACGAAGUGUAAAUACUACUGGAAAGAUAACAAACAAAGAUAAAAAAUCUGAACCAAUAUCAACUAUUGCCAAUGAUUUAUCACCAUUAAUUUCAGCUCAACAUGAAACAUGUCAACGUUUAACACAUCGUUUUUAUUCAUAUCAAAUGGAAUGGUUACAAUUUCCAUCGGAACUUGUUGAAUUAUUAAUAAAUGAUCGUGAUCUUAUAAAUAAUCAAAAUAAUCUUCUUACAAUUCCACCAAUUGAUUCAUCAUUAAUUAUUCGUAAUAUAUUUAAAAAUUAUUUAGAACAACAAAUAAAUGAAUGUUCAUUAGCUGAAGUACUCGCUAUAAGAACAUUAAUAUCAUCAUUAAUGGAUAUGUUUAAUAUAGCACUUGGAAAAUGUUUACUUUAUCGUUUUGAACGUUUACAGUUACGACAAUUAUUAGAAAAAGAUUCUCAAAUAUCAUUAUGUGAUUAUUAUAGUUCAAUACAUUUACUUCGAUUUUUAUGGCGUAUUAAAGAUUUAUUACGUGAUAUGAGUGCAAAUACAAAUCGAGAUGAAUUUGGUUUAUUAUUAGGACGUAUACAACAUUUUUUGAAUUAUUUAUAUGAAAAUAAAACAAUAUUAUUUCCUUCAAAUGAAUAUGAUAUUUGUUCAACAGAAUAUUAUCGUUGUUCGUUGCAAUGUUUUCAAUGA